GACGUAUACGUCCCGAUACGUCCCAGCAACUCCCGGUCGUGCGUCAUCUCCAGGCGACAACAGAAUCCUGCUUCGCGCCAAGCAGUUGAAGGAUUUCAUUACUUUUCUGACAACUAACCUGACCCCAAGUUGCGAGAAGACCUGUUCAUGAUGGACAUCAGGCGGUUCUUUCAACCGACUUCAGCCAAGCCUGCCGGGCAGAAACCAUCCCCAAAUGGAGGCAUCAAAAUAGAGGAAGAGAAGAAGAAGAAGAAGAAGAAUCCUCUCUCUUCAGACGAGGAAGAAAAAAAGAAAAAGAAGGAGACUGUCAAGGUCAAAAGCUCCAAACCUGAAGAGAAACGCAAGGAUAGUGACAAAAAACGAAAGAAGCAUGCAGUCAUAGAAUCAGACUCUGAGGAUGAGGAGCUAGUGAGGAAGUCAAAGAAAUCUGCCAAAGAGAAACACAAGAUGAGCAAGACAGAGCCACCUCCCAAAAAAGAUCCUGUGCUGUAUGUCUCUGAAACAGAUUCAGACAGUGACAACUUUCAGUCCUUGAAGAAGGUCUCCAAACCCAAGCAUAAUGGCACAGCCAAACCCACAAAGUCAGAUGCACAGAGUUGUCACUCAGGAGCUAAAGAGGGGUUGAAGUCUCCUAUGAAACCCUCUUCCACACAGAGCAAAACUGCAAUUAAGUCUCCUGUCACCCCUAAGUCGCCUCCUCAGCCCAAACAAACUCCCACCUCAGUUUUGGACUACUUUGGCAAUGCGACUGUUCAGCGCUCAGAUAAGAAGCUCGUAGCCAGCACAAAGCGAAAAGCUCCGACUCAGGACACAGAUGACCUGAUGAGUGAUGAGCAAAUUGCCAAAGCGCUGCAGCUGGAUGAGGACAUGGAGCUGGAGAAGCAGAUCCAUGAGGAUGAGGAGUUUGCCAGAACACUGGCCAUGCUGGAGGAGGAGCCUCAAGCAAAGAAGGCCCGUAAAGGCUCUGAUGAAAAAACAGUCCCUACCACGUCUCCCAAAAAGAAUAGUUCAGACUCUGGGGCUGGCAGCACAAGCAGUCCGUCAAAGACCAAUCGAAAGGGCAGCACUUCGGAGGAUGUGAUUAGUCCAUCGCCUAAGAAGAACCCUGUUCCUGUCAAAACCAGCUCCAAACUGGCCAUGAUGAAGAAAAAGGAUGAAGAGAGAGGCAACGGGCUAAAGAGCAAAACACCAGAUUCACCUGCAAAAAUGAAAAUCUCACCCAAAAAGGAGCCACUUGCUUCGUUGAGCUCAGACAAGAAGUUCACUCCCAAAACAGGAAGCACACCCACCAGAGUUAAAACCUCUCCAAAGAAACCAGAGAGCACAAGUACGAGUCCUGAUGACGCAGAGAAGAAGAAGGUCAACGCUUCAGCUUUCAGGAACUUUCUCAACAGAGAUGGACCGCGAGCUCUGGGCUCAAAGGAAAUCCCUCAGGGUGAAGAGAACUGUUUGGAGGGCUGUGUGUUUGUGAUCACGGGGGUCCUGGAGUCCAUGGAAAGAGAUGAUGCCAAGUCCCUCAUCGAGCGCUAUGGAGGCAAGGUGACGACCAACAUCAGCAAGAAGACCACCUACCUGGUGCAGGGCAGAGACAGCGGCGCCUCAAAGCUCGAGAAGGCGGAGAGUUUGGGUACCAAGAUCCUGGAUGAGGAUGGUCUGUUGGAGCUGGUUAGAACCACACCAGGAAAGAAGUCCAAAUACGAGAUCGCUGCAGAGGCUGAGAGCAAAGCCUCAAAGACCAGGACUCCCCCCAGUAAGACGUCAAAGAGCACCCCCACAGCCCAGAAAAUGUCUCCCUCCAAGGGUAAUUCCACAUCCCCCCACACCCCCAGCCCGUCAAAGACCGGCCUAGCUCAAGGCCACGGUGCCAGAGAUGGCGGCACUCCAUCUGGCAGACGCUCACGUCACACAGCCCGGAGGGAGCUGGGCCUUUCCUGCACUUCUUCACCGUCAACCUCUGGGCCAUCAACUCCAUUGCCAACUGAAGAGGGUGCCAGUCUGCUGUGGGUGGACAAGUACCGCCCACGCUCUCUGAAGACUGUGAUUGGGCAGCAGGGAGACCAGAGCUGUGCCAAUAAGUUGCUGCGUUGGCUGCAGAACUGGCACAAAAACCACAGCGGGAGCACAUCCAAGGCACCAGCAGCAAGGUUUGGUAAGUUUGGAGGAGGGAAAGACGAUGGAUCAGGAUACAAAGCUGCUCUGCUCUCUGGACCUCCAGGGGUCGGCAAGACCACCACAGCUGCCCUGGUCUGUGAGGAGUUGGGCUUCAGCUACGUGGAGUUGAACGCCAGCUGUACUCGCAGCAAAAACAGCCUGAAGGAGGUGGUCGCCGAGUCGCUUAACAACACCAGCAUCGAGAACUUCUACAAAGGCACAUCUCAGACAGUGAGCAGUAAACACGUGCUGAUCAUGGAUGAAGUUGAUGGGAUGGCUGGCAAUGAGGACCGCGGAGGAAUCCAGGAGAUGAUCGGCCUGAUCAAAAAUUCAAAGAUUCCCAUCAUCUGCAUGUGCAACGAUCGUAACCACAUGAAGAUCAGAUCACUGGCCAACUACUGCUUCGAUCUGCGCUUCCAGAGGCCGCGAGUGGAACAGAUCAAGGGAGCCAUGAUGUCCAUCGCUUUCAAAGAGGGAAUCAAGAUCCCACCCCCAGCUCUCCAGGAAAUUAUCCUGGCCUCCAAUCAGGAUGUCCGACAGGUGAUGCACAACCUGAGCAUGUGGUCGGCCAAAGACAAAGUGAUGUCGUACGACCAGUGCAAGUCUGAUGCGGCCAAAGCUCGCAAGGACUUGAAAAUGGGGCCGUUUGAUGUUUGUAGGAAGGUGUUUGCUGCAGGGGAGGAGACCGCCCACAUGAGCCUCAUCGAUAAGUCGGACCUCUUCUUCCACGACUACUCGCUAGCGCCGCUCUUUGUCCAAGAGAAUUACCCAUAUGUUCGUCCAGCGGCUGCCGGUGGUAAUCUGAAGUCCCACCUGGUGCUGCUCAGCAAGACGGCUGACUCCAUCUCUGACGGAGACCUGGUGGACAGACAGAUCCGCUCUAGACAGAACUGGUCGCUGCUGCCCACCCAGGCCAUCUAUGCCAGCGUGCUGCCAGGCGAGCUCAUGAGAGGCUACAUGAGUCAGUUCCCCAACUUUCCCAGUUGGCUCGGCAAGAACUCCUCCACCAGUAAACAUUCCCGCAUCGUCCAGGAGCUGGCUUCACACAUGGGUUUAAGGACAAUGAGCAGCAGACAGGCGGUGAACCUUGACUACCUGCACUACCUGCGGCAGGCGCUGCUGAGCCCACUUCAGAGGCACGGUGCGGAGGGCGCCGCUGAAGCUGUGCAGCUGCUGGAUGACUACCAGCUCAUCAAGGAGGACGUGGACAGCAUCAUGGAGAUCAGCAUCUGGGGCGGACAGCCCGACCCCUAUUCCAAACUGGACUCUAAGGUGAAGGCAGCGUUCACACGGACCUACAACAAAGAAGUUCACCUGACGCCGUACUCCCUGCAAGCAGUGAAGAAGAGCCGGCGUGGUGGCGGGGCGGAGUCAGAGUUGGGAAACGAGGACGUGGACAACGAAGUGCAGGAGUCUGAGGAUGAGGGGGAUGGCCUCAAAACCGACGCCAUGAUCAAACAGAAGAAAACCAAAGACACCAAGGUGUCAAAGAAGGAGAAGAAGACAGAUUCUGGAAAGGGCAAAGGCAAGGGGACAGGCAAAGGAAAGAAAUAACCGAUGACCAGGGGAGGAAGACAAACUGCCUCCCCCAACCCCCACAGACUGUAAUCUUUUUCUCUGCACUUGCAACGAUCCUUUAAUGAGCAUCACAAAAUAGUGAAACUUGUCCUAACCUCUGCAGGUAACUCAUCUGUCUGUCUGUCCCUAGUCCAAACGCUUGACUCGAACCACACUUGAGUGAGAAAUAUCUUUCCUCCCUUUUUUAACAUCUCGUCAUGUUUUCAUCAGAGCAUCUCCAUUGAACAAAUGAUGCAUAGUAUCUGCUCAUUCCAUCCGUUAUCAUGUCUGUACACCCCUGUAGUGAGUGUAGUGCAUUACUUCUGUCAUCAGUGUGCGAUUGUGAGGCGUUGAGGCUGUAAAUAAUGUGAUGUAAGAGACUGUUACUUUUUGUUACGACAGAAAUGCUUUAGUUCUACGGUUAGCACUGAUGUUCUGUAAAUUGCAAUUUUGUAAAAAUUUCAUGAGGAUUAAAAGAGAAAUGUCUUGCUCAUGA